UUCCUUCCCUUUCCGAAGGGGAAAAUGUGCAGUCACCACUUUGAGGUCCACUGCUUGAAUUUAGCAAAUAAAAGGUCAUUGUCUUAUAACUCGACUCAAAAGAAUCAGCUUGUGUUUGAAGUUCAUAAAAGAACUCAUGGAGGUGCAGCAAUGGUGGAGGAUCAGAUUCUCCUUCAGGAGUGCAACCAUGAUGGUGUGUUUCCUCAACGUAAUAACUGCAAUCUUCUUGCUUCAUACUUUUUUCACCUCUGCCUACACCCGCAACAAAUUCUCCUAUGCAAAUUCGUACUCAGCUCAACUCAGGUACAUUAAGGAAUCUGAAGAGAUUCGACUUGCCUUGCUACCUGUAGAGCUGAUAAAAAGAGUGAAGGAGAUUGAGCACGAAGUAUACACUGAACCAGAAACAGCGCAGAAGAAAGACACAAAGCAGACUGCUGCUGUUGAUCUGUCUAAAAGGUUAAAGGAUUUCCAUUCCUUGAAUGAUGCUGCCAGCUUGAAAGGUGUUUCUCUUUUCUCCUGACAAACCUAUAAACCCA